UUUAAAUGAGUCAUGUGUGUGACAUGCUGUCAUAUCAGUCAGCUGGGCGCAUAUCGCCUGACUCUCGAUUGUCAACGUUUUAAAAAAGACUUGGCCGAGUUAAAAAAAACUAUUUGGUUCGGACACCAGCCCCAUCCACUCUGCCUAACCGGUUCAUUUCAUUCGAUGAAAAGAUUCACUUUAACUACUGGUUUCAGGCGUCAGGCGUCACCGCUCCACAGAGCGGAUGUUUCUAUAGAUUCUGAGAUUUUGAGUUAGAAGGAGAUUAGUCAUGGGAAUUGAAUCAAUCAUGAUAUUAGUUAUGAUGGCACGUACAUGCACGGCCACCGCUGAAGCCAAAUAUGUAAGCAGUUUUGCUAUAAUCUGUACUUCCACUGUGGACCAAGCAACACUCAACUGUUCUUCACUGUCCAUCUCAAAUGAGACUGUCAGCUUCCUCAAAGGUCCGCUGGUCACACGUCUCAUGCCCUCGUUCUACAUCUUCAUCAUCUUCAUUAGUUUGCCCCUGAACGCUUUGGCCCUGGUGGCGUUCACCUGUAGGAUCCGAGAGAAGAAACCAGCGGUGAUCUACAUGUCUCACCUGGCGUGUGUGGACCUGCUCUUCACCCUGCUGCUGCCUCUGAAGAUCCACUACCAGCUGAACUCUUCAGAUUGGGUGUUCGGUGAGGCUCUAUGUCGUGUGAUCAGUGCAGCUUACUACUGCUACAUGUACUGCUCCAUACUGCUGAUGAUGUGCAUGAGUGUGGACCGGCUGCUGGCCGUGGUGUUUCCCAUCGCCUCUCUGACCUGGAGGAGCACGAGGAAAGCUACGCUCAUAUGCAUAUUAGCUUGGCUGCUGGCUCUCGCUGGUACUGUGCCACUUCUCUCAAUGAGACACACAUUCAAAAUUAAGGACGUGGGACUCACCUGCCAUGAUGCCCUGAUCCACAAUGACCCCACAGAUCAGCAGUACAUGUAUCAGUUCUUCAUCCUCUCCUGUGUCUACUACUUUGUGCCACUUAUCAUAACCUUAGUGAGCUACUCCACCAUCAUAUAUGUGCUCAAUAUAAAGUCUAAUCUCUUAGCUACAACAUCAUCCUCAUUAUCAGACAACCGAAGGAGGGCAGUGAUCAUGGCUAUUGCUGUGCUGGUUGAGUUUGUGCUGUGCUUUGCACCAACCAAUGGCAUCUUGUUGUACCACUGUUUUCAUUUAGCUACUGGAUUCAACCGCGGUGAGGGAGAUUCAUCAUAUGCUGUUUACCUGCUGGCUGUGUGUUUGGGGAGUGCAAGUGUUUUUCUGGAUCCUCUGCUGUACUACUACGGCUCGUCUCAAUGCAGGAAGCAGAUCAACUUUGUGUUGAGGAGGGGAAGGGCAGAGCAAAGAACCUCACCCACUAACACACUGGCAAAAUCCAACCAGACUUGCCGCAAAGUGUGAAAUUGUAUUUGGGUCAACAUCUGUAUACACAAAGCCCACAGGUCAUUUUAAGCAACAAAACAGAUCAUUGUAUUUUAUUUAUGCUAAGUAAUUAUGAAUGUAAUACAAUUCAGUAACACAACACUGUUCCAUCAUUAAUAAGUAUCUACACAGGAACAAAUGACUAAUGCUUUAUUAAAAUUGUAAUAUCCACUAUUAUCUAACAAGAAUUUCUGAUUAACAAUUUAAUAAUAACACUCAGUUGAAGCUGGUAGUUCACAAUUAGCUAAUCAAAAACUGCAUACAGGUUCAAAAUUAUUAAAAUUAUGCAUAAAAAAUGCAUAAUUCCAAAAUUAAGAUAAUUGUAACCCUCUAGUAAUGACUCAAGUAUUACCAAUCCUUCUAAAGGAUGAAUAUCAUCAUAAUUCCCUAAAAUUAGCUCACGUCAUUGUAAGCUUGUGAGUUGUGUGUAAGGUUUUGGAUAGUAAUGACUCAGGAAACUACUAGUUAUUUGGAUCCAUAUUCUAAAGUGAAGGACUUAGUAACCCACUAGUAUUGAAUUACUAACCAGAACCUUACCAAGACCUCAAAAGCUUACAAUGAUUUCAGAGAAUUACUAGAGAGUUAUCACAAUCUUCACUUUAGAAUACUGAUCCAAAAAAUUAGUAACUCACUCUGAAGUAUUUGGUAAUACUUGACUGUUUACUAGUGGGUUACCAUGACCUUCAUUUUAGAAUUAAUUGUUAAUCAUGUAUUAUUCAUAUUAAUUAUGAACAUGUAUACUGUAAUUCUUCGUAGUUCUGGGGAGGUAUGAAUAAAUAAUAGUUACUAAUUGGCUAAUAGCUAGUAAACUACCACAUUCAGCUAAGUACUAUUACUUACUAAUUCAUUAAUCAGAGUUUUUGUUAGUUAGUAGUAGUUACUAGAGUGCUAAUAUUGCACGUGUUCUUGUGUAGUUACUUAUUAAUGAUGGAACCAUAUUCUAAAGUGUUACCCAGUUCUGUAUGGUACACAAGUUUGUCUAUUAGGCCAAAAACAACACUGAAGAACCAAAUUAAAAUUGGUUCACAGGACAGCCCCUUGAGAAGUUAUAUGAACUUUCUUAUUGUAAAAACCUCUUAAGGCUAUAUCCAAGAAUAUUGUUUAUUGUAACUCCAUUCAUGUAUUGUCUUAUGCAUCAAAUUGCUGAUACAAGGUCUCGAGAUUUAAUUGAGUGAAAUUCAAACACUCUGUUGUACUUCAAGCUGUCCUAGAGGGCCAUAAAGUACAUAUAAAAUGAAGCUCCAGCAAUUAUGUCUUUAGUAAAUUCUGUUGCAUUUACUGUGUCUGUGUAUAUUGUGAAUUAGUGUUCAAGAAAUAUGCAGGUUUGUAAAAUGUAUAUCUAUAUUUAAAAAAGCAAUCAGAUAUGUGGUUUGCAUAAUUAUAAUUUUAUACACGUUUUAUUAUAGAUGUACAUCUUGCAUCAGUUAAAAUGCUACUGCUUGUAGUUUUUGUUCAAAAGCAGUAACAUUUAAAUAACGUUUGCAAUGUUUUAAUACAAAUCCCAUGUCAUAUAUUACUGUCUGGACUUUGUGAUUGUAGUUCACACUGUCAUUCUUCAGUGACGUUUCAGAACACUGGAGAAGCAUAUAUUGUAUGGAAAAUAAGAGAAAGACAGAAGAUUUCCAAAGAAAUAAGUUCUUAAUUUUUUCCACAUCGUAGUGUGAAAUAUCAAGAGUCACAAGGUCCCAUGCACUUCUUUGUGGAGGAAAAAAGCUAAAUAUUGGCCAAGAAUAUAAAAAUGUAUAUUAAAAGCAUGUGAUUAAAUGUCAACAUGUAAUA